AUGUUGGUUGGUCCAUUGCAUUGGGCUAUUGUUUGGGUGAUCCAUCCCAUUGGGCUUUUAUUUGGUCUUAUAGAUCCAAAAUGUGUCAUUGGGCUGAAGUCUACGGGAAAAGCUCGUUGGAACCAUUUUCCAAAUUCUCCAGUUCCAUUACAUUGUCUUUCAAAAGUGAAGUUGAUCCUAAUGGGAUCAAUUGAAAAGGUGUUUCACAAGAUGUCAAAGAUGAAGAAUUUCUAUUGGGAUGCUUCCGUAAGUGAAGUUUUGGUGAAGCAACAAUGGAUGAAGAAGGAUGCAUUAUGCUACAAGAAUUUUAUUUCCAAUAUAAUGAAGCAUAGAGCUACAGUUCAAUCGGAAUUUGUAAAUGACCAUGUGUGGAAAAAGUGGAUGGAACUUUGGCAAAGUGAUGACUGUGUUAAGAAGUCUGAGAUAAAUUCAAAGAAUCAUUGUGGUGGACAUGAAGUAGCUGCUGGGACACAUACUGCCGCUGCUGGUUUUAUGCUAUUUUUUCAGCAAGCAGUUGCUCUUUUUUUUCCUCUUUGUUUUGCAACAAUUCUUUCCUACUACUCUCUUCCUUUUCCUCUUUAUUUUCCUGCUAUUCCAACAUGUUUGGCUCUUAAAAUAGGUCUACAUCCAACUCCAAGUGAGUUACAUUUGCACGUCCAUACACAUAAUCAUGAUGGAAAAUCUUUUGUGGGUGAGUGUUCCCGACUUCUACAUGAAAGGUAUAAAGAAAUUAUAUGGGAAAAAGUACAAUGUGAAUCUGUAAUAAAUCAAUUGGAGACAUAUUAUGAAGUUGCGGGAGGAGCAAAGAAGAAAAGAUUGUUUGGUCUUGGAUUAGAAGCUACAAGUUACUUUGGGAAAAAACUGUGUGCCUGCAAUGCUUCCACAUCAUCAGUACUAUCUUCGAUUUCUUUACCGACAACAAAUAUGGAGGAGUUGGUGAAGCAAUUGAUUCCGGCCCUUACUACUCAUUUUAUUUUGAUAGUUAUUGAGCGUGUUGGUGGUACUAAGGUACAAGAUGGGACCGUGCUUGAUCCUCCUCCUACUCAUGAUGAUGACGACGACGUUGAUUCGUAG